AGAGCUCCAAAAAAUCUUUUCCCCAAGCGAGAGCUCCAAGUAUUUAAGUAUUCGCCAGUUAUCUUCCCUUGAAGCAACUGAUUAUUCCACGAAAAAGAAAUUUGGCGGUAUAAAUCAUGUCUACUUCACAGAAGUUCAGAAAUUUUGUUGAUGAGCCUAUGGGUGAUAAAUCUGUUAAGCAGCUGGCUGGAAUUGGCGAUACUUUAGGAGACAGACUGAUUGAAAAGGGCUAUGAAAAGGCCUAUAACGUUUUGGGUCAGUUCCUUCUUCUAAACAAAGAUGAAGAAUUGUUUAAAGACUGGAUCUCAGAGACAAUUAAUGCCAAUGCAAAGCAGGGAAGAGAUUGCUUUAAUUGUCUGAAGACAUGGUGUGACAAUUAUCUGUAAAGAAAAGUUUUCAUUUUAUGUUUUGUUAGAAAAUAUCCACCAGAUAAUAGAUUUUUAAGUAAUUCAUUUCACUUUCAUAUGUAAACGCUUUAAUAAAGUCUAUUUAUUAUUAAAA